UCACUUUGCAACUUUCUCCUUAUCUCAUGAGCAAAACAUGUAACACUUUGCAGUUAGCGGAAAUGAGUGAAGUAUAGUAUUUACUGUUGAUAUUUUCUUAAGAACAAUCAGUGGUCCAGCAAAAAAGGGAAGUACUGUGAAGAUAAGGCAUGGUGGGUUGUUGAAGAUGGAUCAGAAGCGGCCCCAUCCAAAUGGGGGUAAAGCAGGACCACCCAAAAAGAUAAGGGGAGAUGAAGAUGAUGAGAUGGACUUUGAUGAUGAAUUCCCUGACGACUAUGAUAUGGAACAGUUUGAUGAACAAGAUUUCACAGAUGCACAGGGAGUGAAAGUUGUCGAUGAUGAGGACACGGAUAGCUCUUGGGGUCGCCCUCCACUUCCCUCAAUUAACCCUGCAACGGAGAAUCUGGUUUUUCAACAGAUUGAUAUUGAUCAUUAUAUUGGACCACCUUGUGAAGGAAUGCCAGGGCAACAGGCAGGUAAAGUGCCCAUCAUGAGGAUGUUUGGUGUCAAUGACAAUGGGAACUCCAUCUGCUGUCAUGUGCAUGGUUUCUCUCCCUACUUGUAUGUCACCUGUCCACCUAUCUUCAAGGAGUCGCACUUGGGAGCAUUUAAAGAUGCCCUCAACCGAGUGAUGAUUGCUGACAUGAAAUCAAACAAGGAAAACAUCACUGAUGCUGUCCUUGCAGUCGACCUGACCAAAAAGGAGAGUAUCUAUGGUUUCCAUGGCAACAAGAAAGUACCAUUCUUGAAGAUCACCUUAGCCUUGCCCAGACUUAUAGCUGCAGCAAAGAGACUCCUUGGGGAGGGGAAGGUUUUCGUGUCAGACAUUGGAACUCCAGCUUAUGAAGCCUAUGAGUCCAAUAUUGAUUUUGAAAUCAGGUUCAUGGUUGACACACAUGUAGUAGGUUGCAGUUGGAUAGAACUGCCUGCAGGCUCCUGGUCGAUAAGGAAGGACAGACUGGACACUCGCUGCCAACUGGAGGUGGAUGUGGCCUGGAACAAAUUUGUAUCUCAUGCUCCUGAGGGUGAAUGGGCCAGGGUGGCACCUUUUAGAAUCCUCUCAUUUGACAUAGAAUGUGCAGGACGUAAAGUCUAUGAGAAAAAUGGGAAGUACUAUUGGGUGUUCCCUGAGCCAGACAAGGACCCUGUGAUUCAGAUCGGGAACAUGGUGAUAAGACAGGGAGAAGCUGAGCCGUUUGUACAGACUAUAUUUACUCUGAAGCAAUGUGCUCCCAUUGUGGGCUCGAAAGUCAAGUCUUACAA